CUUUUUUCCACCACGACAGUUUUGACACAGGUCGGAAUCUCAUCACUUGGAAAGGUCAAAGUGGAACGUGUUCUUAUUAUUUUCGGUCGACUUAUUUAAAAAAUGUUGCGUGGAAGUAUUUUGAAACCAAGAAUUAUCAAUUCAGCCAAAAGUUUCUUUAGCUCUCAAGCACCUGCAGCUCAAGACAGCGGAUCACUUAAGCUUAGUCAACUAAACAAUGGUCUAAAGGUGGUAACUGCGAACCAAGGGGCGUACGGAGCCCGUAUUGCCCUCCUUGUCAAAUCAGGUAGCCGGAAUGACGAAUCUCCCGGCUUAACACACUGUCUACAAGCGACUGCUGGUUUAACAAACAACACAAACACAGCUUUUCUUACCACCCAACUAUUGUCUUCUCUUGGUGCCGAGUUAGAAGUAAUUGCUGGUCGUGAUAGCAUUUUGUACCAAGUUGGGUGCCAUCCAAAUGUGGCGAAAGAUAUCCUAGUUGAUGUACUGGCUCCUGUUGUGUUUGGAGGCAAAUACCAAUGGUGGGAAGUCAAAGAUGUUGCCGCGAGAAUGAAAUAUCAAAAAGCUCUUGCUGAGAGUGACCCAUGCUUUGUUUUAAUGGAGACUGCUCAUAAAGCUUCUUUUGCUGGUAAAUUUGGAUCUCCAAUUUUGUGCCCGGACUACCUCCUCGGGUCCCACACUACAGAAAUGCUUACUUCUCGCCUAAAUUCGGAAUUUACAGCUAGUAACAUGGUUUUGGCUGGAACCGGGGUCAGCCAAGAUGCUCUGAUUGAUGCUGCGAUGAGUUUGGAAAACUUGAGCUCCGGAUCUGUUGAGAAGCCAUCUGUACCAAGCUUUGUAAGCAGUGAAGCUCAUGUGGUAACACCUGGAGAAUUGGUACAUGGUGCUAUUUCUUUCCCUGGGCUUGCUCUUAAUAAUGAAAACUGCAUUGCAUUGUCUGUACUGCAGCAUGCUCUUGGAAGUACAAGCAGUAUCAAGCGAAGCUCUGGUCUUAAACAUGGUGUGCUUAACUCUGCAGUGGAUAGAGCAACUAAUGCUAUUUUUAACACAUCAGCAUUCUCGAUCAAUUACUCUGAUUGUGGCCUCUUUGGGGUGCACGUGGUGGCCCAAAAAAGUGAUUUCUCUAAGGUGGUGCAAGCAACCGCAGCGGAAUGCAGCAAGAUUGCGUUGAGUGGCAUCCCAAGUGAUGCUGUGGAAGGGGCAAAACAGAGGCUGAAGGCGAAGAUCAUCAUGGGUUCUGAAAAUUCAGCUCAAACAGUUGAAAAUGUUGCUGUCCAGACUGCUGUGCUUGGUACAGUGGCCGAACCAUCCAAGAUUUGCCAGAUGAUUGAUGGGAUAACUGCCCAACAAGUAGCAGGAGUCGCGAAACAAGUCCUUGGAGGCAAGAAGAGCUUUGCGACAGUUGGAGACUGUUUGGAUACUCCUCGCUUACAAGAUAUCUUAUAACUCUAAAUUUAUUUUUGAAGUUCAUUAUUUCAAACAAAUGUGUAAACCUUUUCAAAUCUUUUAAAAGUUUUGUGCUUCUUUCCUCAANAAUUCGUGAAAUUAAUUAGCCAAAUCUGUUGUGCCACCUAUCGGUAUAUAUAUUUAUCGGAGUUAUAAAAUUGAUGUUAUUGUUUAUUAG